AUGCGUACUCAAUCCCGUGUCCCACAUGCACAUUUAACAUGUGGCAACAACGAUGUAAAUAUAAAGUUAACGAAAUAUUCAGUAUAUAUUUUACAGAUGAUUACUAUGUAUAAAUACGUUACCAUGAACACUACCAGUGAUGCCCAAAAUCACAGUCCUAUCAAAAACAUAUACUUAGGAACGGAAUGCGGCAAGAUAACUGAGGUUAAUGAGUUGAUUAUAGGAAGGCGAAUAGUCCAUGAAAAAAACUUUGGGACUAUCUGUUAUGUCGGUGAGUUGCCGAGAUCGAAUGGGUCUUGGCUUGGAGUUGAUUGGGAUGACCAAUCGCGCGGCAGACAUGAUGGAACUUACGGUGGCGUCCGGUAUUUUCAGGCUAAAGGACCUACUUCCGGUUCAUUCGUGAGGCCUUCUAAGGUGUCAUUGGGUACCAGUCUAGAGGAAGCUCUCGUAUAUAGAUAUGCCAUCUGCACAACUUGUCAACUUGAAAUCCAAACUUCUUUGCGAUCACUGGAAAAGCCUACAAGUAGUUCUCAUAAUAUCCUCGUUCAUGAAUGCACACAACUUGGUCAUCUAAACAGUUACCUUGAUUGUACUGCGGAGGAAGCUGAAUACUUUGGUACUCACAGUAACCCAAAAGACACAUUACGAAUCGAACUUUACACUAAUCCUGGGACUUUCCAUCAAUCAACUUCUCAUGAUGAAGUAUGUGGAGCAGCUGCAGCCAAAAGUUGUCUUAAUCGGUUAAAAAGUGUUAGUUUGUCUUCUGUGCCCGUAUAUCGUGCACUAUAUGGAAAAAGUGACUUUUUCCCUGAUCGACAGCCUGAAUACUCACCACUUUGGCCAUCAUCUGGAGGCUGUCUCGACCAGUUUUUAUCCAGUUUAUGCGAUCUGGAAAUGAGCAAUUGUUUGUUGUCAAAGUGGACAGAAAUUGCUGAGAUUUGUAUUCAAAUUCCAUGGUUAAAAUCCUUGAAUGUCAGUAACAACCGCAUUCGUUUACCUGUUUCUCCAAAAGAAGUGAAUAAUAAACAAAAAGAAAAUGAGUGUCUGGAAUCUAGACUUUUAUAUGACACAUACUGGGACCCUGUCCUGAGUGAACGGUUGUGUUCGAACGCUUUUCCCCAGUUGUCGCAACUUACUUUAGUCAAAUGCUCACUCCUAAAUUGGAAAAGUAUUAGGAGAAUAUUAUGUUGGAUGCCAUCCUUACAGUCUUUAUCUCUAGCUUACAAUAAUUUGGGCAAUCCUCCAAUUGACUGGGAAGAAAAUGCUAUUGAAGUUUUCCAAAAGUUGACUAAAUUAGACUUAACUCACAUAAAUCUAACGUCCGCUCAUCAGUUAUUCGCCCUUAUUGGAGCCUCAAAAUAUUUGAACAGCCUGUUAUUAAAUUAUAACGAGAUAGCAGACAUUCCAAAUCUAAAUGAUCAUUCUGAGCACAUCUGCCAAAUAAAUGUACACGAUAAAGAUAGUUCACAUCUGUUUCGAAACCUUAGCACUCUUGGGUUAAAAAACAACUUAUUCACAAACUGGAAUUUCGUUAAUCAAUUACUGCAUUUGUCCAAAUUGGAUCAUUUGAUGGUAUCAGGAUGCCCAGUUUUCGAAAACUCUGUCAAUAUAGAAACCGCUCGUCAGGAAGUUAUUGCUCGUUUGCCAAAUCUUAAAAUGUUAGACCGUGUUGAGAUUACUCCUGAAGAGCGCCGCGGAUCUGAAUUGGACUACUUAAAACGUUAUGGAGCUAGCUGGCUAAACUGUUGUAAAAGCGAUCAAAAUAAUAAGCAGAAUAACGGUGUUAAACUUUUAGAGGAAUUCUACAAACUGCAUCCAGUUUUUCCCAGACUUUGUGAUAAACAUGGAGCCCCUGAAAUUGGAGAAACCAAGCCAGUGAACCGCUCAAUUAAAGCUGGUCUUCUAUCUCUUAUCUUUAUAUUACAACAUAACAAGAACAAUGGCGCAACAAACAAGUCUAGCAGUCGAUCAUCAUCGCCAAUAGUUAAAAACGAUCGAGUUCAGAAACAAAUACCUAGUCAAAUGACUAUUAACCAUUUACGUAUGAUGAUUAGACGAUUGUUUUGUUUAUCACCAAAAACACCGUUUGAAUUAUAUGCACAAAGUGGAAGGCAUCGUGGUAUUGUUAACACUGAAAUACCGUUGGAUGCAGAUACACGUGAAAUAGGAUUUUAUAAUUUAGAAAAUGAUGAUUAUAUUUUUAUACGAAUAUGA